UGUCCGGUGGAGGGCAGGCGGACGGGCGAUCGGGGGCUGCGGGUGGGGAGAUGGGGCCGGGAGGGGCCGAGGCGCGUGGAGAUUGCAACUGGAAUUGGGCUGAGACCCCGCGCUGGGGGCCAGGUGGGCGCGCCCCCACGCCCCCGCGUCUCCCGCCGACUUCCGCAUCGGCUCACGUGACAUUGUGCCGGCCCGGGGCGACCGGGAAGCCGGCGGCCAGGCAAAGGUUUCCUCUGCGGUGCGGCUCGGCGGCUUUGCACUUGCAGGCCGCAAUGAAUGUGGAUCACGAAAUUAACCUCUUAGUGGAGGAAAUUCAUCGUCUGGGUUCAAAAAAUUUUAUUCUGCACCAAUAUGGAGGAUGUAUUGGGGACAAAAAUGCAGAAAGGGAGGCUGGAGAGGAAGUUUUGCAGUUAUCUGCAUGAGAAUCAAUUCUGGCCUGAACCAAGAAAUUAAUUGUCCAUGGAGAAGAAGCUAGAGCAACAGAAGAUACAAAGGAAAUGGAAUCACUUAUGAGAUUGAGGAGUGAGUGGGCAGAGCUCCCAGGAUUAUAUCCAGGUUUCUGCCUUUUGUGCCUUUAAAAAACGUAACCUGGGGGUGUCUGGGUGGCUCAGUCUCUUGAGCAUCCAGCUCUUGGUUUCCGCUCAGGUCAUGAUCUCAUGGCUCGUGGGAUCAAGCCCCAUUUCCGCUUCCGCACUCAGCAGGGAGUCUGCUUGAAGAUUCUCUCCCUAUGCCUCCCCCAACUCUCUCUCUCAAAUUAAAAUAAAUCUUUUUUAAAAAAUGAAAAGCUCCAUGUUACACUCCCUUUCAAAGCCAGCACCGGUGCUGCCUCCUUCAGGAAGUCUUCCCUUCCUGUUCUAGCCCAGAGCCAUCCUGCCCUUCUCCAAACUGCAGGAUGUCCUGUGUUGGCUACUUACUGGACAUCCAGUCACAUACUCCUUUGUCCGGUUUCUUUACUUAUUAUGUGUGUAUUUCUUCUUUCCCCAUGGGAACUGAAGCCAUUUCUUUGAAAGCUAGAAAGUGAUUCUAUACUUCCUCUACUUGCCUCCAGUGCCCAGCACAGUAGGAACACACUAAGUCUCAGGUUAGAAGUGUUCUAGCAGGGGAUCAUGGGAACUCAAGAAGCCCUGGCCAAGGAACAGUCCCACUCACUCUGAUGGCCAUGUCCUCGAGAGUGGGCACAGCUAUUGGAGGGGACAAUGUGGAGCGGUGCUGAAGGAAGGGAGUCGGAAGUUUAGCCAGGUAGAUCAAGGGUAUCAACCAACAAUGGGGAGGUGUUUCAUAGUAUUCUUAUACAGGUUUCCAGUUGAUUGAUUUUUAAUCAAAGAUCCACCUUUCAUUUAUUUCAUUUUUUUUUAAAAAAGACUUUUUUUUAGAGCAGUUUCAGAAUACAAUAAGAUUGAGAGGAAAGUACAGAGAUUUCCUGUAUACCUGCUAUUCCCACACAUGCAUAGCCUCCCCCGUUAUCAACACCCCCCAGCAGAAUUGCACAUUGGUUAUAAUUGAUCAUCUACAUGGAUACAUCAUCAACUACAGUUCAUAGUUUAUGGUUCACUCUUAGUGUUGUAUGUUCUAUGGGUUUGGAUAAAUGUUUAAUGACAUGUAUCCAUCAUUAUAGUAUACAGAGUAUACUCACUGAUCUAAAAAUCCUCUGUGCUCUGCCUGUUCAUCUCUCCCCUACCGCAACCCCUGAAAUCUGCUGAUCUUUUUAUUUAGUUUUGUCUUUUUUCAUAGUUUUGCUUUUCCCAGAAUGUCCUAUAGUUGGAAUCAUACAGCGUAUAACCUUUUCAGAUUGCCUUCUUUCUCUUAGUAGUACAUAUUUAAGGUUCCACCAUAUCUUUUCAUGGCUUGAUGGUGCAUUUCUUUUUAGGGUUUACCUUAAUUUUUAACAUCUAUAUUAAAAACUGGUCUCUAAACUGGAUAAUCUAGAGAUCUGGUAAAUACAGAUAUCUUCAUUUUUAAGGUCACCAGUCCUACCCUGGGGCUCUGAGUGUGUUUAGAAUAAACUUAGAGAAACGCUGCUCCUGACCCAAACUUUCUCUUGUAUUUUUUUUUUAAUUGAUUCAGCAACACCACAAGUAAAAAAUCAACAUGUAGGGGCACCUGGGUGGCUCAGUCGGUUAAGUAUCUGACUCUUGGUUUCAGCUCAGGUCAUGAUCUCAGGGUCCUGGGGUCAAGCCCCACUUCUUUGGCCUCUGCUCUCAGUGGGGAGCCUGCUGAAGGGGUCUCUCUCUCCCUGUCCCCUAACUCAUGCACUUGCACGCACAUAGCACAUGGACACACACACUCUCUCACUCCAAUAAAUAAGUAAAUCUUUUUUUAAAAAAAAAUCAAAAUGUAAACAGAGGGAAAUUGGUCCACAGUGGUAACAUUGUAACACAUUCACUUUUUGUAAGUCAGUUUUGGUUCACUUCUAGUCUUUGUCCAGAUGAUCCUAAGGCUAGGAGGUGUGCAACACGUUGUAUUUAUUUCAUCACUUUUGCAUCUGGCAAGAGAGGACAUUGAAUUUAUGAGUGUGAACUGUAAAAUUGUCAUCUUGGUUAACAUAUAGUUAGAUGUUUUUUGAUUAAGUAAAUCUGCCAUAUAUGGGGGUAAGACUUUGCAUUGGCUAACAUUGUAUUUGCUCA